AUCGCGUAUUUUGUGCCCAUUUCACAAAGAGUAAACGAUUUUAUUGAUAGAAAAGAUAAAAAUUUAUAAAUCAUACGAAAAGUGAAUACUCUACAAAAUGAAUAUCACAUCAGCUGCGGGGAUUAUAUCCCUGCUCGACGAGCCAAUGUCAGAGGUGAAGGAAUUCGCUCUAAAGAGGUUGGACAAUAUCGUCGACGAGUUUUGGCCGGAGAUCUCAGAGUCCAUCGAGAAAAUUGAGAUAUUACACGAAGACAAAGUAUUUUCGCAGCAUCAGCUCGCCGCCCUGGUGGCCAGUAAGGUGUAUUAUCAUUUGGGAGCCUUUGAGGAUUCGUUGACAUACGCACUUGGGGCUGGUGACUUGUUCGACGUGAACGCCCGGAAUGAGUAUGUGGACACGACUAUCGCAAAGGCUAUCGACUUCUACACGCAGAAAAGGAAGGCGUUGUUUGUGGACAACAGUGCUGAAACUAUCGACCCUCGGCUAGAGGCCAUCGUGAAUCGCAUGUUCCAGCGCUGUGUAGACGACGGCCAGUAUCGGCAGGCGCUUGGCUUAGCACUCGAGACCCGCCGUAUGGAUAUUUUCGAAGAGUCUAUCAUGAAAUCUGAUGAUAUAUCAGGAAUGCUUCAGUACGCUUUUACAGUAGCAAUGAGUCUUCUUCAGAACAGAGGCUUUCGCAGCACAGUGCUCAGGUCUCUGGUGGGUCUCUACAGGGGUCUCAACAUCCCAGACUAUGUGAACAUGUGCCAAUGUCUCAUCUUCCUUGAAGAUCCUCUCUCAGUUGCUGAAAUCCUUGACAAACUGACACAUGGUCCACAAGAAUCAGUUCUAAUGGCUUAUCAAAUAGCAUUUGACUUGUAUGACUCUGCAACACAGCAAUUCCUCGGCAGAGUUUUACAAGCUCUGAGAAGCACUGCACCUGUCCCCAGUGCCCUUGGUGGCAAACCUCAACCACAGGGUGGACCAUUUCCUGAAUCAGCAAUGGAAGUUGAUCAGGCACCUGCUCCUGCUGAAGAAGCUGCAAAGAAACCUGAAAGAGACAUGGACAGUCUAAAUGAUGAAGAAAAAGAACAUCAAAAGAGAGUCGAAAAACUAAUUUCUAUUUUGGGUGGUGAUGUUUCAAUAGGCUUACAGUUGCAAUUCUUGAUUAGAUCAAAUCAUGCUGAUUUGCUUAUUUUAAAAAAUACUAAAGAUGCAAUCAGGGUUUCAAUUUGUCACACUGCAACAGUUAUAGCCAAUGCAUUCAUGCAUGCUGGAACAACAAGUGACCAGUUUUUAAGGGAUAAUCUAGAGUGGUUGGCAAGAGCCACCAAUUGGGCUAAAUUAACAGUCACAGCAUCUCUUGGUGUAAUCCACAGAGGUCAUGAAGGUGAUUCUUUGGCUCUCAUGCAAUCUUACUUGCCCAAAGAAACUGGACCAUCAUCUGGUUAUUCUGAAGGAGGUGGACUUUAUGCCUUAGGUUUGAUUCAUGCCAACCAUGGCGCUAAUAUCAUUGAUUAUCUUUUAACCCAACUAAAAGAUGCACAGAAUGAAAUGGUCCGCCAUGGUGGUUGCCUUGGUUUGGGCUUAGCUGCUAUGGGUACACACAGGCAAGAUGUGUAUGAACAGCUCAAGUUCAACCUUUACCAGGAUGAUGCUGUCACCGGUGAAGCUGCUGGCAUAGCCAUGGGAAUGGUUAUGUUGGGAUCAAGGCAUGCUGCCGCUAUUGAAGAUAUGGUGGCCUAUGCGCAAGAAACACAACAUGAGAAGAUUUUGCGAGGCCUAGCUGUCGGUAUCGCUUUUACAAUGUAUGGUAGACUUGAAGAAGCAGAUGCACUUGUGCAACAAUUAUUGCGAGACAAAGAUCCACUUUUGCGACGUGCUGGAUGCUAUACUAUUGCUACUGCUUACUGUGGUACAGGAAACAAUGAUUCUAUUCGUACUUUACUUCAUGUUGCCGUUUCUGAUGUCAACGACGAUGUGCGCCGUGCUGCUGUCACAGCUCUUGGCUUCUUGCUCUUCAGAACACCUGAACAAUGUCCUUCAGUUGUGUCUCUUCUUGCGGAAUCGUACAAUCCUCACGUACGCUAUGGUGCUGCCAUGGCUCUGGGCAUCGCCUGUGCUGGCACGGGAAACCGCGAAGCCAUUGGCCUUUUAGAACCCAUGGUCAAGUUUGAUCCUGUCAACUUUGUGAGACAAGGAGCUUUGAUUGCAUCAGCUAUGAUCCUAAUUCAACAGACUGAAGUACUGUGCCCUAAAGUUACAUAUUUCCGACAAUUAUAUGCUCAAGUAAUUUCCAACAAGCAUGAGGACGUAAUGGCCAAAUUUGGAGCUAUUAUGGCGCAAGGCAUCAUAGACGCCGGUGGACGUAACGUAACUGUUUCUCUCCAAAACAGAACUGGCCACAUGAACAUGCUGGCAGUAGUCGGCAUGUUGGUCUUUACCCAGUACUGGUACUGGUUCCCACUUGCCCACUGUUUAUCUCUGGCAUUUACACCUACUUGUUUGAUUGCUCUUAACUCUGACUUGAAAAUGCCGCAAAUGGAGUUUAAAUCUAACGCGAAACCGUCCCUUUAUGCGUAUCCUGCGCCGUUAGAAGAGAAAAAACGCGAAGAGAGAGAGAGGGUCACUACUGCAGUGCUGAGUAUUGCUGCAGCUAGAGCUCGUAGGCGAGCUCACGGCGCAGAAGGAUCCGCUGGAAGCGUGUCAUCAUCAUCCAAUUCAAAAAUGGAAGUUGAUGAAGAUGAAAAGAAGCCAUCAAAAUCACCCAAUGCUAACAUUACUGUUCAUGGCAAAUCUGACAAAGAUACUCCUGGCACUUCUAAGGAAACCAAGAAAGACGAAAAGGAAGGUGAAGAAAAAGAAACUAAAGAGAAAAAAGAACCAGAGCCAACAUUUGAAAUUCUAAGUAAUCCAGCAAGAGUGAUGCGCCAACAACUCAAAACCAUCUCAGUAGUUGAGGGAUCAGGAUUUACACCACUGAAAGAUGUCACUAUUGGAGGCAUUGUCAUGUUAAAUCAUUCUGGAGAUGGAGAGCAAGUUCUUGUAGAGCCUGUUGCUGCUUAUGGACCAAAAGCAGAAGAAGAAAAGGAACCUGAGCCUCCAGAGCCAUUUGAAUACUUGGAUGAUUAAUUCAUUUAUCAUAAAAUUAACGUUUAGCUCUAGGACCAUGAAUCACUGAAAUGUAUUGAACAAGUUAUAAUUUCUCUAGCGUAAAAUGUUAACACUACAAGUAAUAAUAACAGAAUUAUUGUGUUACGUCAAUAAAAUGUAUUUCUCAAUUAAAA